AUGGGAGAAAGAUUUUCAAGAAUAAAGAUUCUCAUUCUUCGAUCAAAUAAGUUUCAGGGCCUUUUACCAAGGGAACUUUGCCAUCUCACUUCUAUACGAAUCUUAGAUUUGGCUGACAAUAAUUUAUAUGGAAACAUACCAAGGUGUAUAGGGAACUUCAAUGUCAUGAUGAGAGAAAGUGGAAUGGAUGCUGAUAUAGUGUACACGUCUGAUGCAGAUUUUUAUUCACCUUAUGUGGAGAACGCAUUACUUGUGAAUAAAGGUGAAAUGGCUGAAUAUAAUACAAUUUUGAAGUUCGUAAGAAGUAUAGAUCUUUCAAAAAAUGGCUUCUCUGGAGAGAUUCCUAUGGAAGUGACAAAUCUUUUAACAUUGCAGUCAUUGAAUCUGUCACACAAUUCUUUUACCGGCAGAAUUCCAGAGAACAUUGGUGCUAUGAGUUUUUUAGAAUCCAUUGAUUUUUCUGGAAAUCAACUUUCUGGUGAAAUCCCACAAAGCAUUUCAAAGCUGACAUUUUUGAGUGUCUUAAACUUAUCCAACAACAAACUUUCUGGAAAGAUUCCUUUAAGCACUCAACUACAAGGCUUUAAUGCAUCUUGUUUUACUGGCAAUGAACUUUGUGGUCCUCCCCUUCCUAAUGAUUGUACCACAAGUGUUCCAACUUCCAGCAAUCAAAACAGAGAAAAAGAUGGUAAUGAAGAUGAAGUAGACUGGUUUUAUGUUAGUAUGGCUCUUGGAGUUGUUGUGGGAUUCUGGAGUUUUCUAGGACCUCUUUUCUUCAACAGGAGAUGGAGGUGCACGUAUUUCCAAUUCCUGAAUCACCUCCACGACAAACUGGGUAGUGUUGUAAGGAAAUGUUACUAG